AUGGAGGAUCAGAAGGAGAACAGACCACUACAGCCUGAACACGUGGACGAGGAUGAUCUGGCCUGGAAGUUGUGGAAGAAUGUGGAGCUCGGUGGAGGGGCCAGACAGAAUGGUAGACUUGAUGGGCAAGAGGACAGCGCAAAUCGUUCAGCAAAAUCUUGUGUGAGUGACUUCAGUGACCCAGUCUACAAAGAAAUUGCAAUUGCAAAUGGAUUUGUGAACAGAAUGAGUAAAGAUGAACUGAAGACGAAACUUACAGAAUUGAAAUUAGACACUAGAGGAGUGAAGGAUGUUCUCAGGAAACGCCUAAAGAAUUACUAUAAGAAGCAGAAACUCACUCAUAUUUUGUCAAAGGACUGCAGUGAGACUGAUACAUAUUAUGAUUAUAUCUGUAUAAUUGAUUUUGAAGCCACCUGUGAAGAUGGUAAUACACCAGAUUACGUCCAUGAGAUUAUAGAGUUCCCCAUUGUCUUGCUGAACACAAGGACUUUAGAAAUUGAAGAUACUUUUCAGCGGUAUGUGAGGCCAGAAAUCAAAUCACAACUUUCACAGUUCUGCAUUAAUCUUACUGGAAUUACUCAGGAUGUUAUAGACCAAGCAGAUACAUUUCCUGUAGUUCUUCAAAGUGUUGUCGAUUGGAUGAGAGAAAAAGAGCUGGGCACUAAAUACAAGUAUGCUCUACUGACGGAUGGGUCUUGGGACAUGAGUAAGUUCUUAAAUAUGCAGUGCCGUGUUAGUCGGAUUAAAUACCCUCGCUUUGCAAAGAAGUGGAUCAACAUUCGCAAGUGUUAUGGCAAUUUUUAUAAGGUUCCAAGGAAUCAGACAAGGUUAACAAUGAUGCUGGAAAAGCUGGGUCUGAGUUACAUUGGACGUCUUCACUGUGGUCUGGAUGACUCAAAGAACAUUGCUAGAAUAGCUACCCGUAUGCUUCAAGAUGGCUGUGAACUUCGAGUGAAUGAAAGAAUGCACACAGGACAGCUAAUGACUGUGUCGAGUUCCCUGCCAUUUGAAGGGGCUGCAGUUCCUCAGAAUCCACAGUUUAAAAAUUAA